AUGAAGCUAACGUUGUCGUUGGCGAUUAUAGUGACGGUUUUAGCCAUCACCAUCGAUGGAUACAGCUGCAAGAUCGUUCAGUUCAUCUUUGGAGACUCCCUCUCGGACGUUGGCAACAACGAAUAUCUCACUAAUAGCCUUGCCAGGGCAAGUCUACCGUGGUACGGGAUUGAUUUUGGCAAUGGCAUGCCUAAUGGGAGAUUCACCAAUGGCCGCACAGUGGCUGAUAUAAUAGGAGACAAGAUUGGUCUUCCGAGGCCACCUGCGUUUCUAGAUCCGACUUUAAACGCAGACAUCAUACUGCAAAAUGGAGUAAAUUUUGCCUCUGGAGGUGGUGGGAUUUUAAAUGAAACUGGCAGCCUCUUUAUUCAGAGAUUUUGUAUGUAUAAACAAAUAGAACUGUUUCAAGGCGUGCAAGAUCUAGUAACAGCCAAAAUUGGUCCAACAGCAGCACGGAAGUUUUUCCAAGAAGCACACUAUGUGGUGGCUUUAGGAAGCAAUGAUUUUAUCAACAACUACUUAAUGCCCGUUUACGCUGAUUCAUGGACUUACAAUGAUCAGACCUUCAUGAACUACUUAAUGGAAACACUCGGGGCACAACUUACACUAUUGCAUAGCUUAGGGGCACGGCAGCUGAUGGCGUUUGGACUUGGACCUAUGGGCUGUAUUCCCCUCCAGAGGGUCCUGAGUACAUCCAAUGCGUGUCAAGAAAAAACAAACAAGCUGGCUCUAAGCUUCAAUAAUGCUGGAAACAACCUUCUGAAUGAAUUGUCGAGUAGCCUUUCAAAUGCAAGCUUCAAAUUUGGAGAUGCUUAUGAUGUAGUUAAUCAACUAAUUAAAAAUCCAUAUAAAUAUGGAUUCAAUAACUCCGAUUCACCGUGCUGCUCUUUUGGGAGGAUUCGACCAGCUCUGACAUGUAUUCCUGCAUCAACAUUGUGCAAAGACAGAAGCAAAUAUGUGUUUUGGGAUGAGUACCAUCCAUCAGAUAGUGCUAACGAACUUGUUGCUAAUGAGCUCAUCAAAAAACUUGGAUUUUUGAAUGCUCCUUCCCCAUCACCAGCCAUUGCUCCAUCCUCAGAGGGAGCUUAAAACUGUAACGCCAAACUGUUUCUAUUUCCGGCAAGUGUUUCAUGAAUAUAUGUAUGAAAUACUAUUUUCUUUGGAGGCACUGAUGAGUG